AUAAAGAAGCAUACCGUAAUUCAGUAUUUUACGCGUAUAGUGUUAUUUGUGAACGUUGAAGAGGGUCAACAACUGCUGGAGUCAAUUUUCUUUUUUUCUUUUUUUUGUAAGAUUAAUUGGUCAAUAAACCUUGAUCUGAUUUUCCCAUCUGAUUUGUCCAGUUAUGAGAGUACCCUUUGGAUUAGGAACACAUCAACCCCCCUCAAGGCAAAACGUUCUCAAGUGGCAAAUGCUCCAGCAUUGUCAAGCAUUUCCAGUGGAACAGAUAGAGAUGAACAUAUGAGUGCACCGAAAAUUGAAACCCUUGAGCAGAGUAUGCACGACAUGAGUAUUGUUGAAGAGGAGUUGAAUGAAAAUGCCUUCAAUGACUCCAUGAACAGUGUGAUUGAUUGGGAAGAAGAGGGACCCUCACUUCAUGGUAACCCGGACGACAGCUCUGAUGAGGAAUACCUUCCAACAAUUUAAUUGCGAAUGGGUGGUGCACUGAAGGGAGCACAGGUAAUUGAUAAUCUGCCAACUAUUGGGAUUGAUGAGACCGUGCAUGAUCUGCCUGCCCCUGAAGUUCCUCUUGAUGAGCCCUUGAGUCAUGAGCGGACAAUUUUGCCAGGCCCUCAGAAGGUCCUCAGUGAGGAUGACAUUGUUGGCUUCAGAUCAGCAGUGCUCUAUGAGAACUGCUUGAGGCAGCUUGUCACAUUUUUAACUUUGCGGGUGAAAAGAUGCACUGGUGUCUUGAGGACUGGUUUGGUGUGUGACAGUGUUGCCCCCUUUUCAACAAACAUCGCCACCAGGGGCACUGCAAUGAGUGUUGAAUGGAUCUGCCCCAAUGGACACUGCCUAUGGCGGUGUAACUCACAGCCUGUGUUGAAGUUUGACAUGCAGGCCGGGGACUUUCUUCUUUCCACAAACAUUUUAUUCUCUGGAAACAACUACACUAAAGUUGCUCUCCUAUUUAAAUUCAUGAACAUGCGAAUGGUAAACCCUAGCACACACUACACCAUCCAGGAAACCUACUGUGUUGACCCUAUUAAAGAUUUCUGGGAAGAGAAGAGGUCUGAGGCCAUCAGCCGACUAAAAGGGAAAGAUGUUGUGCUCCUAGGGGACGGCAGAAAUGACUCACCAGGGCAUUCUGCCCAAUACUGUAGCUACACAACCAUGGAGCUUGAUUCUAAGGAAAUCAUCCAUGUGGCCACUGUAGACAAGCGGCAGACCAACUGGAACUCCAAUAUCAUGGAGAAAGAGGGUUUUAUCCAGACAGUGGACAAGCUUACCCAAGAGAUAAAGGUAGUUGAGUUCUGCACGGACGCUCAUGUCCAGAUUGGAGCCCUUUUGAACCCAGACAAAGGCAGAUAUAAGGAUCUGAGAAUUCACCACAGCCUGGACAUGUGGCAUGGUGCCAAAAAUCUGUGCAAAAAAAUAGCAAUCGCAGGAAAGGUGAAAGGACAGUCUCUUCUUCACUGGCUGAGGGAUAUAGUAAACCAUUUCUGGUGGUGCUGCAAGACAGCAGAAACAUUUCAGCAGUUUCUUGCACUUUGGAUUGGAGUUCUGCAUCAUGUUUGCAACAAUCACACAUGGGAAACAGGAAGCUGCCAACACGACCACCUUGAAGACAUUCAGGAUAAAGAGUGGAUUGAGAGAGAUUCCAAGAGCCAUAAAGCACUAGUGGAGAUUGUCCUCAACAAGCGCUGGCAGAAGGAUGUCCACAAGUAUCUGCGCUUCAGAUCGACAGCACAUCUGGAGUCAUUUCAGAAUCACAUUCUGAUGUAUGCCAGCAAGCGCCAGGCCUUCACUCCCCGAGUGUAUGACACGAGAGUUGUGCUCGCAGCACUGGACUACAAUUUUCACCGCGAACGGCCAACAUACAGAACGGCUGAGGGCCAUCAAGUUUACAGUAAGAAGUACAAUAAAAAUGCAAGGAGAUAUAGCCUUUACGCCAUAAAGUGUCAAAAAUCAUAUGAUUACAUCACCGAGUUACAAGCACGCAUCUUGCAAGGGAGGGUCACAAGCGGAAUUGGGAUGCCGCGAAAGAGGUCCCUAAGAGCAGACGACCCAAGGCGGCUUGGUGUUGUGCCACCGAUACCACCACCACCGACAUCCGAGUUGGUACAUACACAGGUCAGCAGAAGUCUGGGAUCAGCCUUCCAUGCUGUUUCCAACUUGGAGACAGAUUGAGAUAUUGUUUUGCUGAUAUUUGAGUUGUAAAUGCAUA